UGCUUCCUGUGUUGCCACCGCCCCGUUUCCCCGCUUCCUUAACUACUGUUACAUCUGCUCUCUCCUCUCUACAUUUCUCUCGCUCGAAUCGUCAGGACGCUGGCUGUGGCUGGCGAAGAGGGGAAGUCUUUUCUGGGAUUGAAGUGCAAGUUCUGAAGAGGCCAUCACCAACGCGCACCGAGUGGCGCUCUUGAAACCGCGUCAGCUACUGUGUACCAGUGUUUGUGACAGCGGUAAGCAACCCCACGUGUGCUUGUCUCAGCCGAGUGAAAGGUCUUCACUUCACGCACGCUCAAAACUGCCUUGUCCUCUUUCUCAUGCAUUCACUGACGCUUUCUACAGCUACUUCCUGCACCGCCCUUCCUCCUUUCCUCCAAACUCAACUUGCUCCCUCACCUCGCCCACCAUGCCCUGUCUAUAUCGAUUGGCCUGCCUGGCACUGCCUCUUAUAUCCACCUUAGCAGCCGCAGAGCCCGCCUCCCAAACCAAAAAUGAAGCCAAACCCAUCUACGCCGAUGCCCAGGAAGCCUUCCGCGACCUCCUCAACGCCCUGCCCGAGGAAUCCCUGCACGUCGCCCUCAACAGCCUCGCUCCCUACCGGGAAGGCGUCUUCGAGUCCAACCGCCAUGGCGUCGAGCGCGUGCAUCACGAUGACCCUCCUCUCGCAACCAAAUUGAUUAUAGCCGCUGUCCAGGACCUGAAGAAGCGGCAGACCCCUUCGAAUGGAACGACUCCGAACCCGCCGCAAUCCAGCCAGCAGCAACCCAGCACGCAAGCUCCCCCGCCUCCGCCAUCGAGCAGCCAAGCCCCUCCCAUCUUGGUCCCUGUUCCCAUCACCUCCACUGACGACCGAGGCCGCACGACCGUCGUCUCCUCCGAGAUCCUGAGCGAGCCCACCGCCUCGGCAGUCGUCACAACCACACGCGUCAACGACCAAGGCGCUACGGAAAUUGCCACCGAGACGAAGCCCGCCGUCGUCCUCACGUCCACCGAUGCCGCGGGCUCCGUCGUCACCACCACGUCAGCCGUGGACUUUGCGCCGACCCCGGGCCAGCAGCUUACCAGGACCGAUAGUCGGGGCAAUACGUUUGUGACCACGUAUACGCCUGGUGCCGGCACCGUAAGUAGCGUCAAGUUGAUCACGACGACGGGCGCAGAUGGGAAGCCGAGUGUCAUCACCAGUUAUACCUUUGUGAAUCCCGGGGCUCCGACGGGAGAGGGAGGUAGUCCGGCGGGGACGGCGAGUGGGAAGCCCGGGCUGCAGACUGGGGCGGCGGUCGCGAUGGGCAGGAAUGGAGCGGUGGAGGCGGCUGUGGUGGGAGGUGCGGUUGUGGGAUGGUUGGGGAUGUGGUUGUGAGGAAGAGCUGAGGGUUCCUCAUACUGACUCUCUACUGCCAACUGACGAACGGAUGGCACCACAGCCAAGAUACUGACGAAGAACACGACAGUCCUUUACGCAUUGUAUCAACGACUCUCCUUUACGCGCCUCUUCGGCGGACGACUUUCCUUGAUGCAUUCUCACGGUCUCCGGGAUUUCGCUCUUUGAUGGACACUUACGACACCUCCUACUAUACCUGGGCCGGAUCCUUUAGUGGUCUCUGUGCAUGCA